AUGCAUGCUAUUCAGCAACAAUAUUGGGCCGUUCGCGACUAUCUCAGCCCAGUCCUCAAAGAAAGCAAGUUCAAAGAACAUGGACGCAUAACUCCCGAGGAAUUCGUCGCAGCAGGAGACUUCCUAUCAUACAAGUUCCCAGUAUGGACAUGGGAAAAAGGAGACGCGUCCAAAGCCCGCGAUUACCUCCCCGCUGAAAAACAAUACCUCGUCACUCGUGGCGUCCCCUGCCUUCGACGAGCAACUUCACUCGCUUACACAGAUGCCGAUGAAGACGCCGAGCGACUUCUCUCCUUCGGAGAUUCUUCGGGCGCAGCCGAUGAGUGGGUAGAAACGCAUGCAGGGCGAAAUGCCACGGUGGACUCUGCUGCGAACCCAGGCGAGAUCGAUGAUAUCCCGGACUUGGAUGGUGAUGGACUGGCGAGCGCGAUGGCAGAUGUGUCGAUCGUUUCGGAGUCGGGUGCUACGGUAGGAGAAACGCCGGAUUUAGAUGAUAUUCCUGACAUGGAGGAGGAGGGGCUGGAAGACGGCGAAGAUGAGGCUACGGCGGCACCGGUUGUGCCCAAGGCGGGUGGCGUCAUUGAUGCAUCGCAGGUGGGAGUCGCUAAUGGCAAUCUCCUGCAAGUACGAACGUACGACGUGAUGAUCACAUACGACAAGUAUUACCAAACUCCCCGGAUCUGGCUUCUCGGCUAUGAUGAGAAUCGCACACCUUUAAUGCCAGCGCAGAUCUUCCAAGACGUUUCAGCAGACCAUGCUUUGAAAACCGUCACCAUUGAAGCCUUCCCACACUCUUCAACGCUCCAAGCAGCUUCUGUACACCCUUGCAAACAUGCAAGCGUAAUGAAGAAAGUCAUCGAGCGCAUGAACGUAGGCGUGGUCGAAGAGCAGCUCGCUGCACGGAAGAAUUCUAGCAAACACCAAGACAAGGACGGGAAGAAGAAAUGGGGUUUCGGGCGCAAGGGGGGCAAAGAGGAGGGCGUAAAGAGUGCAGGAGAGGAAGAGGAAGUCGAGGGCAUGCGCGUGGACUUUUACCUUGUGGUGUUUUUGAAGUUCAUUGCGUCUAUCGUGCCUACGAUCGAGGUGGACUCGACGACUGCGUUUUGA